UCAACCAAGAGAAGAAGAAAAAAGAACGGAAGUGGCGUUUCUCGCGCAUGGCGCUGUUUAGAUAAUAGAUUUCCCUGCUAAAAGCCGAACGAAUUUAUCAAAAUCAUUUUGGGAAUAGUACUUUAUUUCUUCGCUGUCGCACAAUACAGUUCUCUGUCAAAUGGAGGCUGAUCUGUAUGAUGAAUUUGGCACCUACAUCGGACCCGCGCUGGACUCUGAUGACGACGACGAGAACGACUUGGAUGCAGAGGACCGAGACGCAGAUGAGGGGGACGAGGACGAUGACGACGAGCCGGCCGAUGCUGAGGAGGACGUGCCCGGCAUGGAAGUGGUGCUGCACGAGGAUAAAAAGUACUAUCCGACUGCCGAGGAGGUGUACGGGCCGGAAGUGGAAACCAUCGUCCAGGAGGAAGACACACAACCUCUCACAGAGCCCAUCAUCAAGCCGGUGCGACACAAGCAGUUCACGCUGAUGGAGCAGGAGUUACCAGCCACCGUUUACGACAUGGAAUUUCUCGCCGACCUGAUGGAUAGUCCCGAACUGAUCCGUAACGUCACCCUGUGUGGUCACCUCCACCACGGCAAAACCUGCUUCGUGGACUGUCUGAUUGAGCAGACCCACCCAGAGAUCAGGAAGAGAGACGACAUAGACCUCCGGUACACAGACAUCCUCUUUACUGAACAGGAGAGAGGCGUGGGCAUCAAGAGCACACCUGUCACAAUGGUCCUGCCCGACUCCAGGGGCAAAUCCUACCUGUUGAACAUCAUGGACACACCAGGUCACGUCAACUUCUCCGAUGAGGUCACAUCCAGCAUCCGCAUCUCGGACGGCGUCGUCCUCUUCAUCGACGCGGCCGAAGGAGUGAUGCUGAACACGGAGCGCCUGAUCAAGCACGCUGUCCAGGAGCGCAUGGCCAUCACCAUCUGCAUCAACAAGGUGGACCGGCUCAUCGUGGAGCUCAAACUGCCCCCUACUGACGCCUACUACAAACUUCGCCAUAUUGUGGACGAGGUCAACGGUCUUCUCAACACAUACUCCACCGACGAGAACUUAGUGGUUUCUCCCCUCCUGGGAAACGUAUGCUUCGCUAGCUCCCAGUACAGCAUCUGUUUCACCCUGGGCUCCUUUGCAAAGAUCUACGCGGAUACUUACGGUGACAUCAAUUACACUGAGUUUUCCAAGAGGCUCUGGGGGGACAUUUAUUUCAAUCCCAAAACGCGCAAGUUCACUAAGAAAGCUCCCACCAGUAACUCCCAGCGCAGUUUUGUGGAGUUUGUCCUAGAGCCACUCUACAAAAUCCUUUCACAGGUGGUCGGGGAUGUGGACACGUCCCUUCCCAGGGUUCUGGAUGAACUGGGGGUCCACCUGAGCAAAGAAGAACUGAAGUUGAACAUCAGGCCGCUAUUGAGGCUGGUGUGCAACCGCUUUUUUGGAGACUUCACCGGCUUGGUGGACAUGUGCGUGCAGCACAUCCCCUCGCCACAGGAUGGCGCCCGGAACAAGAUAGAGCACACCUACACUGGCGGUCUGGACUCAGACCUUGGGGAGGCCAUGACUGAGUGUGACCCUGAAGGUCCUCUGAUGUGCCACACCACCAAGAUGUACAGCACCGAGGACGGCGUUCAGUUCCACGCUUUUGGCCGCGUGCUGAGCGGGACCAUGCAGGCGGGCCAGCCUGUCAAGGUGUUGGGCGAAAACUACACCCUGGAGGAUGAGGAGGAUUCCCAAGUCUGCACCGUCGGCCGGCUCUGGAUUUCCGUCGCCAGAUAUCAAAUUGAAGUGAAUCGAGUUCCUGCCGGGAACUGGGUCCUUAUCGAAGGAUGUGACCAGCCCAUUGUCAAAACAGCCACUAUCACAGAGCCCCGAGGGAACGAGGAGGCUCAGAUUUUCAGACCGUUGAAGUUCAAUACAGCGUCUGUGAUUAAAAUCGCAGUGGAGCCCGUUAACCCAUCAGAGCUGCCCAAAAUGUUGGAUGGACUGCGGAAGGUCAACAAGAGUUACCCCUCCCUCACCACAAAGGUGGAGGAGUCUGGAGAGCACGUCAUCUUGGGCACAGGGGAGCUCUACCUGGAUUGUGUUAUGCACGACCUGCGCAAGAUGUACUCUGAGAUCGACAUUAAAGUUGCCGACCCGGUCGUGACUUUCUGCGAAACAGUCGUGGAGACGUCGUCUUUAAAGUGUUUUGCUGAGACUCCAAAUAAAAAGAACAAGAUCACCAUGAUCGCUGAGCCCUUGGAGAAGGGGUUAGCCGAGGACAUCGAGAACGAGGUGGUGCAGAUUACUUGGAACAGGAAGAAGCUGGGAGAGUUUUUCCAGACAAAGUACGACUGGGAUCUGCUGGCCGCCAGAUCCAUCUGGGCCUUCGGACCUGACACAACGGGGCCCAACAUCCUGGUGGACGACACGCUGCCUUCGGAGGUGGACAAGGCACUGCUGGGCUCGGUGAAAGACAGCAUCGUUCAGGGUUUCCAGUGGGGCACCAGGGAGGGCCCUCUGUGUGAUGAGCCCAUCAGGAACGUCAAGUUCAAGAUCCUGGAUGCGGUCAUCGCUCAAGAGCCGUUGCACCGCGGAGGGGGCCAGGUCAUCCCGACCGCCAGGAGGGUGGUGUACUCGGCCUUCCUCAUGGCCACUCCAAGGUUGAUGGAGCCAUACUACUUUGUGGAGGUUCAGGCUCCGGCUGAUUGCGUCUCCGCCGUCUACACGGUGCUCGCCCGGAGGAGAGGUCACGUCACGCAGGACGCGCCCAUCCCGGGCUCUCCCCUCUACACCAUUAAGGCCUUCAUCCCAGCCAUCGACUCCUUCGGCUUCGAGACCGACCUUCGCACGCACACGCAGGGGCAGGCCUUUGCUCUGUCCGUCUUCCACCACUGGCAGAUUGUUCCCGGUGACCCGCUGGACAAGAGCAUCGUGAUAAGGCCCUUGGAGCCCCAGCCCGCCCCCCACCUGGCCAGAGAGUUCAUGAUCAAGACCCGACGACGCAAGGGUUUGAGCGAGGACGUAAGUAUCAGCAAGUUCUUCGACGAUCCUAUGUUGUUGGAGCUGGCCAAACAAGACGUGGUGCUGAAUUAUCCCAUGUGAGUGCAACUAGAAUGCGGCUCAGCCUCUUUAUUUCUUUUAAAAAAAAAAAAAAAAAAAUCCACAAGUCCAUGGACAUUCUGA